AUGUCAAAUUCACCAUCACAAAUUUUCUUGUCAACGGUUUUGGCAGACGCGAAAGACUGUCAAGGAAGGAGACAAACGUGUCGCAUACUUCUGGAUCCAGGAUCGCAGUCUCACCUCGUAACAGAGGAUUUGGUACGACGUUUGGGCCUUACAACAAAAUCAGUUAACAUCUCUAUCUCUGGAGUCAAUCAAACACUCAGUAAAGCACAGAAGCAAGUUCAAAUUCAGAUCAGCUCAAGGCAUUACGAAUACAAGGUCACCAUCGACUGUCUGGUCUCAAAACGAAUCAUAGAUCCUCUACCCACCGUCACAAUGGACAAGAAUCAUUUCAAGAUUCCAUCGAAUUUGGCAUUAGCGGAUCCAGCAUUUUAUCGUUCCACGGACGUGGACAUACUUUUAGGCGCUGAGGUGUUUUGGAAGAUUUUGUGCGUCGGACAGAUAGAGGAAUCAUCAGAUCAUCCUCUGCUCCAAAAAACCUUGUUCGGAUGGAUAAUAGGUGUUGAGAGGUUCUGGCAAACGGAACAGGUUUCUCUCAAACCAGUGCUCACCGAAGAGGAGCGGCAAUAUGAGAAGCAAUUCAAGCAAACCUAUCGCCGAACAGAACUAGGUAGAUUUGUCGUACAGUUACCGAUUAAAGAAGACAAGCUAAGUACAUUAGGGCAUUCCUACGAAACCGCUUUGAAACGUUUCCAUUCGCUAGAGCGUAAAUUAAAUCGCAAUCCUGAAAUGAAAAGGGAAUACACACAAUUCAUACACGAAUACCGUCAGCUCAAGCACAUGCAUCUUGCCACAUUGGAAACCAAGGGAGCAUUCCCUGCAUAUUACAUGCCGCAUCAUGCCGUCUUCAAGGCUACCAGUUCUACUACAAGGAUCCGUGUCGUCUUUGACGCGUCAUGUAAGACGGACACAGGAACAUCACUCAAUGACAUUCUGAUGGUAGGACCACCUUACAGCAAGAUCUCAUUUCCAUUUUAA